GAGAACGGUGAAUUUUUCUCCAGUGCACAUUUACAUCUCCUCUAGCUUCCCACCUUACAGCUGCAGGAAGCGCUAUUGCAGCUGCCAGAAGUGUUCAUGGAAAUGUGGAUAAACCUGGACCCACCACAGGUGCCCAGGACACCUUGCUUGAUCCCACCUCUGAUACCUCCCUGAGUGAGUUAUCCAUGUGGUUUUGUGUCCGUGCUAUGGAGGUUCACCACCACCAUGCUCCCAAGCUGGCAUCUGACACUUGGAGACACUUAGAAGCUGAGCUGAGACCCCUGAAGCCCACAGGUCUCUGGCCCUGCUGGAGGAAGCGUGAGGGAUCUCAUGCAUCUUGGCAUUAAUAGAUCCACUCUGGCUGUAGCCCAGCUUGGAUUUGUUUCUGGAUUAUUUGUUCCAGGAUUUCCCAGGAAGCCAUAUACAGAGGCCACCACAGAAUUAAGGGACUUUUUUGCCAAAGCCCGAAAUGGUUCAGUUCGGCUCAUCAAGGUCAUCAUUGAGGACGAGCAGCUCGUGCUGGGAGCCCACAAGGAGCUGUCCCGGCGCUGGGACGCUGACUAUGACACCUUUGUGCUGCCCUUGCUGGACGAGCAGCAGCCGUGCUACGUCCUGUACCGCCUGGACAGCCAGAACGCCCAGGGCUACGAGUGGCUCUUCAUCUCCUGGUCCCCCGACAGCUCCCCGGUCCGGCUGAAGAUGCUCUACGCUGCCACCAGAGCCACCGUGAAGAAGGAGUUUGGUGGGGGGCACAUAAAGGAUGAGAUGUUUGGCACAGUGAAGGAGGACGUGUCCCUGAGCGGUUACCAGAAGCACGUGUCCUCCUGCUCUGCCCCAGCCCCGCUGACCGCGGCCGAGCAGGAGCUCCAGCAGAUCCGCAUCAACGAGGUGAAGACGGAGAUCAGCGUGGAGAGCAAGCACCAGACGCUGCAGGGCCUGGCCUUCCCCCUGCAGCUGGAUGCCCAGCAAGCCAUCCAGGCUCUCAAGCAGAAGAAAAUCAACUACAUCCAGCUGAAGCUGGAUUUGGAGCGGGAGACCAUCGACCUGGUGCACACGAGCCCCACGGAGAUCACUGACCUGCCCAAGAGGAUCCCCCAGGACUCUGCUCGCUACCAUUUCUUCCUGUACAAGCACUCACACGAGGGAGAUUAUCUGGAGUCUGUUGUCUUUAUCUACUCCAUGCCCGGGUACAAGUGCAGCAUCAAGGAGCGCAUGCUCUACUCCAGCUGCAAGAGCCGGUUGCUGGACACUGUGGAGCAGGAGUUUUGCCUGGAGAUAGCCAAGAAGAUCGAGAUCGACGACGGAGCGGAGCUGACGGCGGAGUUCCUGUACGAGGAGGUGCACCCCAAGCAGCACGCCUUCAAGCAGGCCUUCGCCAAGCCCAAGGGGCCCGUGGGCAAGCGGGGACAGAAGCGGCUGAUCAAGGGCCCGGGCGAGAACGGCGAGGACAGUUAGAUCCCGCAGGGCUGGCGGUGAAAGGACACCAUCCCUGCGGCGCUUCCCGCCUUCCUCUCCGCUGACCUGGGGAUCUUUCCCUCCAUCUCAGCCUUUUUUUGGGUUUUUUUUACCUUUUUUUUUUUUUCCUGUUUCAUUCCUUUUUUAAACAUCUGGAUGGCUUGUUGCACCUGGGGGCAGAGCGAUGGGGAGGGUUCAGGGUUGUCGCUGUUUCUUUUCCCGGUGUCCUUGUGCGAGCCCCGGGGCUGCGGGGGGAGGACGGGAGCAGCAGAGCCAUGUCCCCAGCCUUGCUCCUGUCCCCCUCAGGGUCACAGCUCUCGGUGUCCCCUGGGUGACUGAAGGACACACUCACGUGAAAGCUGCUCUAUGCAAAGGGAAGGGGGUAGCGUUGGGGAUUCCUGUUUGAAAAGAGAAAAUGCUUCUUUCCCUGCCCCCCCUCAGCCUCCAGACUUUGUUCCCCUGUCCCACUCUUGGUGUGCACGGCCCCUCUGCCCCAGGCCUGGAGCGAUCCUGCACCCCCUCAGGGUGUGGGCAGGACCCCCUGUGGGGUGGGCUUUGCUUCCUGUGGGAUGGGAGUUUCUCCCAGCAGAGAGCCAGGCAGCAGGAGGUGGAAGUUCCCCACUGAGUCCUGAGCUCAGCCUGGACCUGGAGAAAGGUCACUCUGCCUUUGGGUGAUGUUUGCAUCCCCUUUUUGAACUGCCCCAGUAAGGUUUUCCACCUCAGAAGGAGCUGUUACAGCCCUGACUCAGCCCUGUCCCUGUUUAGGAUGGGAGCUGAGGGGUUCCUGAGCCCUGCUCCCCCACUCUCCGUUCCCCAGCCCCCACCAUUACCUUACCCCCAGGUUCUCAGCUGGGUCUCUGGGCUGGGGCAGCCCCGUAUCUCAAUAAUCACAUGGGCUACCCCAAAUCCUUGUGUGGGGGAGCAUGACAGCCCCUGUGUGCCCCCGGGGAUGUCCCCAGCCACCAAGGGCCAUCAUCAGCUCCACGUCUGAGCUUGGCACUGUGAUUUGGGCUGCACUGGGGGCCUGGGGAGAGCACCUUGCUGCUGGGUACCAGCGAGGGCUCGAGAGCCACGUGCCUCCCUGAGAGGAUGGAAAAUGGGUCAGUGAAACCUGCCCUCUGCUUUCCAGCUGUGGCAGUGAGCGUCCCGAUGUUGCCUCGGCCUCGGCGGAGUCAGGGGGUUGAAGCUGGGGGGAGCAGAGCACACUGUACUGAACGCUGUAUUUUCUAAAGAAUAAAGUAUUUUUAAAACAG